AUAUGCAUCACGUAGGUUUCUUUUUGUGCAGUUAAUUCGCACAUCAAUAUAUUCUUUUGAACGGUUGUCUGUCUUCACAACCUGUCUCAAUAGGAUCCUGGUAGUUUCUCCUCUGCCUGCGCAAACCUAUACAAACCUUUUUUAUUUUUUUAAGUAUAGCUACUGUCGCAACGCUGCCAGUAUGAAUAUAGUUAUGAUGCGACAUGCGAGUAUUUUGCAUUUCCAUGUUUAUUUGUCACGCACCUGAUGUGUAAAGGCCUUUUUAUUAUUUUAGUAAUUUAGUCCAUGCUAAACAAAUGUCGUGCUAACUUUGCAUGUGCAAACUCCUUUGUAGAGAUUUAAGAAAUGCUGACCCCAGAAAAAAACUCAAACUCUUGAUACUGGAAUAAACAACAAUUUAACUUCUAUAAACAUCAGAAAGAACCUGAUCACUGAUCAGUACCUGUCCUCAGCAUCUUUCAGUUGUAGUUUAGUAUGGAGGACUUUACCAGCCAUCUCAUUUUCAUGAUUUCUUGCUGUGAAAAGGCUCUUUUAUUUUUCCUCCUUUCUUCUUCCUCCUCUAUUGUUGUCUGUGACUUUGAGCACAGCCACAGCCCGCCUGUCCUUCCUUCUCUCAUGGUGGAAAAAGCAUCCAGUCACAGUUACAAUAGCGUUUUCACCUAGUGUCAUAUUCAACGGCCCACAUUAACAAGAUAUUUUGGAGUGAGUGUACUGGAGCUGUGAGAGUCCACAGAUCACGACCUCUAUAGCAACACAGGCUUCAGUCAGAAAUGGGCUGAGCUCCCCAAGAGACACAUGUGUUUUUUCGCAUCAGUGUGUGCAUUAAAAUCAAUAUCUGUCCUCUUAUCUUUGUCCACGACAACUCCUCUCUGUGGACACUAUCACUCCGUAGGAAAACUCCAGGCAUUGUCCUCACAGUGGAGGACAUGCUAACACACACACGCACAAAAUUGCACUUCACCCAUGCGCUGUCUUGUUCCUCUCCGUCCAGCCCAAGGCUCCCCUACGCUGCUCACACAGUCUGAUUGAAUUAGCCUCACUUGGCCCCGUUAUCUACUGAAUUAGCCCGUCAUGAGCCUCGGAUGAGUCAUUCAUGCCCCCGUUAGCUGUCUGUCGCCGUCUUUGUAGAGGUGCACACACCGGGUGACCAACUGAAAGAUUGUAUCAGCUUUUCUUCUCUUUAAUUGCUGAGUUCAUUGAAGUGGCGUCGGUCUAAGAGACAUGCAUCUUUGUGCAUGUAUGUCCUACGCCACAUACAGAUGCGUGUCGGAACACGUCCUGUUUUCACCUGCUGCUGUUAACACGUCUGUUAACACGUGUUGUGUUGGAAGUGGCAGGAGACGAGUUCCCACCAACUGAGCUCAUGACACGGCCUGAAGGGCGAUUGUGACGAUCGGCCGCUUUGUUUGGACCAGAUAUCUUGUUCUUUGUCUCCGGCGUAGUGGCUGUACAGCAGUGGAUACUGAGGACCUGUACAUAUGAAUCUCAUUAGCAGGGCAUACAUAGACUGAUAGACUAAACCCACGCUGCAACCAUACCAUAGAGUCAGAGUCGGGGUCGAUCGUAGCUACUGAUAGAUUUCUCUGUUGAAGUACGAUUUAUCUUGAAAUUGAGAUUACGGGUUGUUGUUUUUUUUCAAUACAUAUGUGAUAAGAGAGCAUUCAAGUUCCCCCUUUUGCAUUAAGAACACCAGCACUGUUGCCAAAUUGCCCAAUCAGAGCCUCGGACAUGUCCAAUCACUAUAAAAGUUAUCCAAAAUUAAGUUUUAAAAAAAAAACAUUUGUCCAACAUAUUUCUAUAUGAAAUAAUGUAAUGCAAGUACUACAGGAUUAUGUCUUAGGAACUUAGAACUGGAAAUCAUUUAAAGCCUAAUUGUAGUGAACCAGCUGUCAAUCUGUUUUUCUUUUUAAAGUUGUGUCAGACUGGACACACAUUCCCUGUCAGUCUCGGUAUAUUCUAAUGAAGGGAGAGGAAGACCCAAUUCAUUGGAUGUAGCAUUGUCUAUUCAUCGUGGUGACUGCCUAAAUAUCACACGACUAAGAGUCCACAGCCAUGUUUGCAUUUAGCUCAAAGCACAACUGUUCCCUCGUACAGCUAAUGUCACCAUGCGAACAUGCUCACAGCGAUAAUGCUAACAUGCUGAUGCUAAGCAGGUCUACAGUUCACCAUGUUCAUUUUAGCACUAAACAAAGUACAGCUGAGGCUGAUGGGAAUGUCAUUAUUUUUUAAGUAUUUUGUCAUAAAGCAAAGUGGUGGACCAAUUUAACAUGGAUAAAAACAAUAGCCCCAAUUAUCUGCCAAAUCAAAAAAAAAAGUAACUUAGUUGUGCUGAAAACCACCCAGUCCAUCAACACCGAACACGUGUCUUACACAUCUAAGAAUAGCAAAGUUCUUAGUAAAUACUUGACUGAAUUCUUACUCUUUGAGUAGUUGCUUCCAUUACUACAUUACAUUACUGCAUCUGUGCUUAAAGUCAUAACAAUGCUGUGGAUGAGAGGGCGUGAGCGGAGUAGAAGAACUCAACAACACAACAACAUCCCUCCACCUCAGUUACACAAUCAGUUCACCAUCUGACACACAAUCACUUGGCAGUGAGGCUGUAGCUCAGCAGAGAAACACAACAAUCCACAGUUACACCGAAACACUCCAACCUCUUUUAAGCAACAGCAGCUACUCCCAAUGUGCUGUAAGGGUAAGCAAACAUUUCAUCAGUGUCUCUCACAGUGUGGAUCACAUGCACGCACACUUUACACAUGGAGGUGGUGGGUGGAGACGGAGAGGAGUUAAAUGUCUUAUGUCAAAGUGAAGUCUUGAGGGUAGUCAGUGCUGCAAUUAUGGAUGGAAUUCAGGAUUUUGUGUAAUCAUUAUUGUAUUAAUAGUCUUGACAGUUUUGUUCUCAUCCUUAGUUUUGAAUAUUUUCGUUCAGCAGUAGAUCAAUGAUUUGUCAAACUGUCCGGAAAGUUUUUGAGGCAAUAAGUAUUUUUAAUUAAUUAAUUUGUAUUUGUUUUGGUUUGCAAAGAUCCUAAAUCAGAGUCUUGAGGUUGAGUUUUAAAUACCAGAUUUUAUUAAUGAAAUGGAAAAAGCAUAUAUGGGACACAUAACAUUGAUAUUAUGCCCAUACAUGAAAUGUGUUGACUGUUAAGCCAUUACUGCAGCUUUCAUCACAGUUGGUAAACAAUCCAUAUUUAGUUGUAAAGCUCUAAUGUACUUACGGUAUUGGUGUCUGCUUGCUUAUAGAGGGUAAACUACGUGAGUCUGGUCGGCUCAGUCCAUCUUUUCAAUUACAGGAAGUAAAGCUCCCCGUCUCCAGUCGGUGUCCCCUUUCUUUUCUUAUCUGGGCUCACACAGAUCUACUGAGGAGUCGGUUUUAUGUGCAAAGACUGAAGACAAACAACAUAAUGACCUCAAAAUGACAGACAUAAGUGGUCCACUCGUUCCCUUCCUGUGACAAGAAAACACGGUAAUCAUUUCCACUGAACCGGACAAUUUUCUCAAACUGUAAAGACAAGAUUACAAAAAAAAAGAAAUCAUUAUUAUUAAUGAAGACUGUGUGUGGAAAUGAUUAGGGGUGUGUCACCUGUCAUUGAUGGCUUCCUGUCUUUGGCCAACUCUGGUGACGUCACUGACCUUUCCUUCAUCUUCUCCCUCUGUUGGAUGUAUUAAGGGAGCUGGACACAACACCAGUGGCCACUCGCCGUCCUGUGACCCAAAAAGCAUUUUCCCCAUUGACGGGAAACUUCUAACUGAAAACAAGGUCUUGGUCUUAAUAUUAGGAAUUUCCAAUUAUUAAAUAUUUCCCUAGAAAAGCUAUUUUAAAGUGCAUGAGUGCAUUUUAAAGUCAUCUUUCGGUAUGUACAAUGUAGAGGCAAACCAGGAAGUAAAAACAUUGAAGUGAAUGGGCACCAUUGUUGAAGCCUGUUAUCCACUUCUUUUAAUGUUUGGGCAGCCAUCAGGCAAGCUGCCAGAUAACUGCUAUUGUUUUGGCCCGCUGACACCUCAUCAACUGUCUGUAUUCAUUUGUAGCGGUGGCACAGUGCUAACUGCUAGCUGUUAACCUCUUCAUGCCUGCAAUUUCUUCUCUCUCGAUUGUGUGAUACCUGUGAAUGAAUAAAUAUACUGUAUGGAGAUCAUUUCUAAUUUUGGGUCAGAUGGACAUUCACAGCCCAACAUUGCACAAUGUGAAGAGUCUUUACUAAGAUGACAGUUGACGAAACGUGGUGAAAUCUGUAGUCGUCGAUCCAAAACUGUGUUUGAUCGCACUGCGUCACGUCCUCUGGAAGCCAAGACUGCGUGUGUCAAAAUUUCUUAAUUUUUGGACCAAAUUCAAACAAUGUGGCUUGUUGGUUUGUAGAUGUGGGUCACACCAGCGACCUUAAUGCAGCAUGAAAUGGGGCAUAACACACUGGUCGUGGCCAGCGCAAGAUUCUAAGCACCAUUUUCAUAUAUGUUUAUAUUCUAAGCUCUAAAGCUUAAAUACCCUGGGAGGACAAAUCUAUGAUUGGCUCUUAAUUAUGUAACCGUUUGAUCUAAUGUGCAUAGAGGGGAACAAAGCCUUUGUCAUGUAACACUUGAGAGUAAGUCUCUCUCUCUCUCCCUUCCCUGUUAAUGGCUUGCAGUUGGACGUAGCUAAGCAAGUACAUCAAUUAGGUCAUAAAUGUCUGCCCAAAGAUGAUUGAUGCGUCUGUUUCGCCAAGCUGACUUCACAACACUUCCAGUCGUCUCCUCCAGAGGAAAAACAGUGCGCGGCACUUUUCUUUGCUCUUAGCUAGAUUUGAGAAUUCAAAUUAAUUUAACUGAAACGGUGAAACGGGAGUACACCACCCAACAUCUGUAUUAAUCACAGGUCUAAUAAGUAGCUCAAAAGUGUAACAUAGCAAAGCUCACCAUUGUGCGUGUAAGUGUAUGGAAGAUGCUAAAACAUUUAGCUUCUUUUUUUCAUGUUUUUAAAUUUAGGCUUUAAAACAAAAACAAAAAUGACAGCAGUUCCAGCGCCGUAGCCAACAGGACGGGUUUAUGAUCAGAACUCGUGUUGUGUCUCUGUUUGCAUAUUUAGGUUUCCUUUUACACCAUGUUGGUAGAAAUCACCAUGCGUUCAUUCCAUUAUCUGACGUGCUUCUGAUGACACCUAUCCGGCACAGUGUGACGUACAGUUCACCGGUAAGAUCGCUGUUAUUGUGCCGCGUAAUGGCACUUCAAACCGUAUGCUCGUUUCCCACUUUGGAUUAUGAUGUUGGAGGCUAGCUUCAGGGGGGCUAACGCCACCCACCACUGUGACUGUAUCCCAUAGUCUCCGCAGGGGAAGGGGGAACCACCACUGUGGUUUGCAGAUGUGGAGCCCACAGGAAAACAAGAGGUCAAGCAGGCAGCAGAAAUGCGUCUCAAGCUUACUCUCUGGCGUUGAUCCAAUACUUAGAAAACGCAUCCUUCCCUGGUUUCCUCUCUAGAUCAUGUCGUUGAACCAAGUGAGACAAAAAAACAGCUGUCACAAAGUCACUUCAAGCCUGAUCUGAUUAAUGGGUGUACAAAGACUUGACGUGGUCCAAGCUGACUGCCACAGAUCCAGUUUAGGAUGUGUCCUUGAUGUUUCGAGUUUGUCACCCCCCCCUUCUCUCUGCGUCUCGCUCUCCACUGACAGCAACAAAAUCGCAGAGGAAACAGGAAAGGCCUGAGCAGCUUGGUGUUGGGACGGAUAUCCUCUUUCGGAGGCGUUGCCCCUCCUCCCUCACUUAACUCUCCCUCUCUUUUUCUCGUUUUCUCCCCCGCCAACCCAUUUUGCUCUCGGUGUGGCAUUAGCCGUUUGGCCGAGCUCGGGAACGUACCAAAGUUUUCUGUUCCUCCGUCGCCCUUUUUCGGGGUCACCGUAUCCGAGUGGACUAUGUGUUGGCAUGGCGACGAGGAGGAUGAGGACAGCUCGGAGAGUGACUCAGGCGAGCUGUCGGUUCUGGAGCAGCUCGACCUGGACCAGAACUCUGAUUUCUCCGAUUCCAGCGUGCAGCAGCUUCUGGAUGAGCAUCGCGAAAAGAUCCGCAGAGAGAUUCGUAGGGAGCUAAAAAUCAAGGAGGGAGCUGAGAACCUACGGAGGGCGACGACUGACAAGAGGAACGCACAUCAGGUGGAAAGCCAGUUGCGUUCUUCGAACCGCAAGCUGGAGAACCUGCAUGCUCAGCUGCAAGAACUGGACGCUCACAUCGUGGUGAAGGGAGGCGAGGAGAACAAAGAUGAGUGUCCUCAGUCUCCCGGGGCGGAGAGUCGUAGGUCGGCCCACAAGGACCGUAUUGCUGCCCUGGAGAGACAGCUCAACAUCGAGCUCAAAGUCAAGCAGGGGGUCGAAAACAUGAUCCCCAUCUACGCUAACGGAUCCACCAAGGAUAAGAAGAUGCUGCAGACGGCCCAGCAGAUGCAGCAGGACAGUAAGACCAAAAUUGACAUCAUCCGCAUGCAAAUCCGCAAGGCUGUGCAGGCCACCGAGCACAAUGACGACACACAGGGUAACCAGGACGACUGUGCGAUGGAGCUGCGCAUAGAAGAGCUGAGGCAUCACUACAGAGUGGAGCAUGCUGUCGUUGAGGGGGCCAAAAAUGUGCUGAGGCUCCUGGGGGCCAGCAAGGUCCAGGACAAGAAAGCCCUGUCUGAGGCGCAGUCUCGUCUGAGCGAGGCGUCUCAGCGCUUGGACCUGCUGAGGGACUCUCUGGACCAGCGUCUGGCAGAGCUGCCCGAGGACCAUCCCAAGGCGAGUGUCAUCAAAGAGGAGCUGGUCCUGGCCUCCUCUCGGCAUGGCGCCCCUUACCCCCACAACCAGUACAGCACGCUCAACAAGCCCUCGCCUCUCACUGGUAGCUUACAGGUGCAGGUGCUGGGCUGCGUGGGGUUGUUGGAGGUGGUCCCCGGUCGCAAUAAAGGGACAGCCGUCAUGCUGCCCUGCUACAGCCCCGGAGACACCAGGUCCUUCAUGAGAGGCAGCAAGGGACUCUACGGCCGGAGCGGCUCGGUCAGCGGGAAGACACCCAGCAAGACAGACGAGCUCUCGUCUGAGGUGAGUGCUGUGCUGAAGCUGGAUAAUGGUGUUGUGGGCCAGACACUCUGGAGGACUGUGGGAGAGCAGGCUUGGGACCAGACCUUCACUGUGGAGCUGGAAAGGUCGAGGGAGAUGGAGAUAGCAGUCUACUGGAAGGACUACCGCUCGUUGUGUGCCCUGAAGUACCUGAAGCUGGAGGAGUUCCUGGACAACCAGAAACACAGAGUUCAGCUGGAGCUGGAGCCUCAGGGCCUGCUGCUGGCCGAGGUACACACACACACACACACACACACUCGCAUUCACCUUGACAAAAACUGUAACAACGAAAUGGGAACAGGAACAGCCACACACAAAGGUGGACAUAGGUGUCUUUGCAUACAUGACACCCGUCAAUACACGUGCUAUGUCUUUUCUAAGCAGCAAGGCAAGGCAUUCCUUCGAGCUCGUCAGAUGAACGUGGACAUCGGGACGUGGGUGAGGCUGCUUCGAAACGCCAUUCCCACGGUCAACAACUCGGGAACCUACAGUCCUAACGCACACAGCCAGACACUCAACUCCGGGGAGUUCUCAUUGGAGAAGCUGAGUUUGGACAGCGACUCUCCGAUAAGAGGCGAUUUCAAGAGAGACGCGGACGCAAACACCCCGGACCGACUGCCAGUCAUCGAGCCCUUCUCCCCCCCAGACCUCACCCCCGAGUGCCCUGUCCGAACCCCAUCUGUUGGCAGUAAGCAGAGGAAAGGUCCUCUGUCUCUCCAGGACUUCCGGCUGAUUGCUGUGUUGGGCAGGGGACACUUUGGGAAGGUGUUGUUGUCAGAAUACAAGAAGACGGGCACAAUGUACGCCAUCAAAGCCCUGAAGAAAGGAGAUAUCGUUGCUCGCGAUGAGGUGGAAAGUCUAAUGUGCGAGAAGCGCAUCUUUGAGGUUGUGAACCUGUCGCACCAUCCCUUCCUGGUCAACCUGUUUGCGUGCUUCCAGACUCCAGAGCACGUGUGUUUCGUUAUGGAGUACACAGCAGGAGGCGACCUGAUGAUGCACAUCCACACAGACGUCUUCACCGAGCCGCGAGCCGUGUUUUAUGCAGCCUGCGUAGUUCUUGGACUUCAGUUCCUCCAUGACCAUAAGAUUGUGUACAGAGACCUCAAGCUUGACAACCUGCUGCUAGAUACCGACGGUUAUGUCAAGAUCGCCGACUUUGGACUGUGUAAAGAAGGAAUGGGCUUUGGGGACCGCACCAGUACCUUCUGUGGGACUCCAGAGUUCUUGGCCCCAGAGGUCCUAACGGACACAUCCUACACCAGGGCAGUAGACUGGUGGGGGCUGGGGGUCCUCAUCUAUGAAAUGUUGGUGGGAGAGUCUCCAUUCCCAGGAGAUGAUGAAGAGGAGGUGUUUGACAGCAUUGUGAAUGAUGAAGUCCGCUAUCCACGCUUCCUGUCUACUGAGGCUAUCGGCAUCAUGAGGAGGCUGUUAAGGAGGAACCCAGAGAGAAGACUGGGAUCUGGUGAAAAGGAUGCAGAAGAAGUGAAAAAGCAGCCUUUUUUCAGAAAUGUGGACUGGGAGGCGUUGCUGCAAAGGAAGGCGCCCCCUCCCUUCGUCCCCUCCAUUGUCGGCAAGGAAGACGUCAGCAACUUCGACGAGGAGUUCACCACCGAAGCUGCGGCGCUCACACCGCCACGUGAGCUUCGCGUGCUCACCCGCAAAGACCAGGACAGCUUCCGGGACUUUGACUACAUCUCCGACCUCUGCUAGUGGCCCGGUGGGGGGGGGCUCACAGACCUUAGAGGAAUGUUCUGCUUCAAAAGGCUUGGCGGCGGGACCGACGUUCUCCAUUGACCAUCCGCUGACUGUGUGUCUGCCGUCAAUUUACACUGUGAAUGAAUGCGGAGAAACCGGAGGCAGUCUGUCUCUUUUGUGUGUGUCUGCGGGGGUUUUAAAGAUGGAGGACUGAGCAAAUAAAAGCACGGACGGACAGCCGGCGGGGUGGAAUGUUGGACAAACGAAGGCCCGCUUCUCCAAUCAUUGUACAACACACCAGUGACUUGUGUAUAUUUACAAACAUUAGCCUUUAAAAUGCCUCCUCCCAUCGUCUUAUGUGUCGGUGUGUUCAUGAGCAGCUGUGAGAGGAGAUGUUGACUGUUUGGGGUGGGGGGGUGGGGGGGGUUGUUUCAAGGCCUCUCAUACAAUGCCUUACAUUUGCAUUUGAUCCACAGAAAAGCAUCUUGUUUCCAUUUUGUGGCCCUUUUGUAUACAGCAGCAGGAAGAGUGACCCGAUGCAGAAGACACGAGGAUCAGCUCGUUAGUGGAAACAGUGAAUUAGUACUCGAAGCUUUCCCAGCGGUCUAUGAUGACUGUUGCUAGGCGAAUUAUGAGUUACCUAUGGGGUUAAAAAAAAAAACACUUUCUUACUUCUACCAACUACUUUUUAAAAAUGUGUGCUGCUCGGAUUUUAAUUUGUGCCACGAACGUUACAAAAGCAAUUCGUAAAGAAGUCCUAUUUUAUGACGGUCGCCUCCUCUGUGCAUUAUUGGAUGCCCACCACAGACUUUUGAAUUGGAUAUCUGGGCGUUAUACAUAGUUUGAUAAAAAACAGGUGUAGCAGACACAGAAUCACAACCAUCAGCAUAAAAGCUACGUGGCAAGCAGGUUACGUUAUUUCACUCUUUUUAUAAUUAGGGAAAAAAGAAAACACUAAGACUUGAUGUACGAGUAACAUUAUGGCGUCUGUCCGUUAUGGGUUUGAGACACGUUCAUCCAGUCAUCGUCAUGCGUAGAGUUUUGUGAACAUGAAGGAAGUAAUUUCCCUCCAAGACACUUUUAUCCGACUUUAAACUCAAACACUGGCUCUAAUGUUUUUUUUUUAAUGUGUGUGUUUUAAGGACUUAAGCCACCAACAGUUUUCCCAACUAUCCGUUGUGAUCAUUCCAGAGUUUCCAUCAUAGGGAUGAAUUCAUCCUUGUUUCAGCCGCAACAGAUUGAUAUCGAAGUUAUUUUGGAAGAUCCGAGUGAAGCCACGAUCAGCCACUUCGAGUGCUGCUUUAUGUCCCAGCGAAGUUCUCUUGGCAAUUCAUUUCUAAAUGGACAAUAUCAUUUGAAACAGGAUGAUCAGUGUUGGAAGAAUAUGAGCCAGUGGUAAUAAACUUCUGUAACACGUCACCAUCUCUGAGUACCGGAGAGGUUUGUUGUGAAGCUGUAUGUAUGAUGGUGUGGAUUUUACUUAUCUUGUGUUUGACAAUACAAAACCCUGUGUGAGGAUGAGAUGACGCAUUUUAUAAAGAGAACCUGGAGUGAAUAUUCUGUCUGUGUUCAUUCAAACCAAGGAACGACGAGAACAGAUGCAGAUAGCUUUUCAAUGGAAUCGAGUCGUGAGGAUUUUGUUCGUAUCAUGUCAUCUUUUUACAAAAUCGUAUGGAAUAACAAUAAUCAAGAGAACGUCAUCAACCAUGUAUGAGGGCACAUAAUGGAACAUAAAGCAUCAGCAUCUUAAAAAGCGUUAUUUGUGAUAUUGAUAAAGGACAUCAGGUGCAAGUUCAAAAAAAGUACCGAGAUCUUUGUGACGGUCUUAAUUAUUACACAAUAACAGCAUAGUUCUGCCCACAGCUUCCUUAAAAGGUGGUUGAGCCUUUGCUAACCUAGCAUUGGUGUUAGCAUUCCAUGUCGGUCUGCUAUCAAUAAUGCUGUACAGGUACUUGUACUCUUUGAAUGUUUUUGUAGGAAAAAUACUCAAAUGCCCGUCUACUGUGAGAAUAUGAAAUGAUAUUAUUCACAUUAUCAGCGACCAAGGUGACAUUUUCAAAGAUUUUCAAGUGGUAAGUUUCUACUAACAUUAAAACUAGCUUUUGUUCUAUUCAAUGUAAGCCCCGAUAGUGAGCCAGCAUGCACAAUGCCACUACAUUGAAACAUCAACAUAUAAAGUUUAAACAUCAAUAGCUCAUUGGUUAAUAGGCAAACUCAACUGUAUGAUGAGGACAGUAUGACAUGUUUGAAAGCUCCAGAACGAGUGAGUAAGUAGACCUUGACUUGAGAGUAUUUAAACUAAAGCUGAACUGUAGAUGAAUUAACCCGGACCUUUCCAUUUUCUUCUUCAGACCCUGACUUAAUAAUAACCCCACUUGAAUGAGAUAAUUAUUAAUUGUUAAGGUAUGACUCUGUUAUA